AUGGUUUCGAAUAAAUAUCCUACUGCAAUUACACUGAUGUCACACAAAGCAAAAUCAUCAUCUGGUAAUUUUCGUGCAGCAUAUGAACAAUAUAAUGAAUUAUAUGAGAUAAAAUAUGAAAUCUAUAAUUCUAUUGCUGAAAAUGACAUACAAUCAUUCAUUUCACAUUCUCUAAAUGAAACUUUUGAUCCAUUUCAAACAAUUGAAAACAAUUUUGGUUUUGAUGAUGAAGAUGAUACAUUGCUUGAAUUAUGCUGCUAUUAUGGUGCGAUUGAUUGUUUUAAUUUUUUGAGAACAAAAUUCAAAUUAAAUAUCACAAAUAAAUGCCUCAAGUAUUCAUUUUUAAGUGGAGUUCCAUAUAUAAUGAAUGAAUGCUUGAAAUAUCAAAAACCAGAUGAUGAAUGUAUGGAAUUCGCAAUUGCGUCACAUAACAUUGAUUUUGUAUGUUUUCUUCAUAAUGAAUACGAUAUUAAAAUCAAUUUAGAUUUUUGUUAUAAAUACUACAAUCUACCUGCAUUCUUUGUUUAUUUUGAUUUAUCAAAAGAUUACAAUCAAAUGUUCCUAUCAUCACAACAUUUUAAUCUUUCUUUAAUUUGGGAGUAUUUAUUGGCAAAUGGUGUUGAUAUCAAUAAAACUUAUGAAAACAAUGAAAAUGCUCUUCAUAUUGCUGCAAAAGAAAAUCUUUUAAGAUUUGCUAAAUUCCUAAUUGCAAAAGGGAUUAAUACAAAAUCAAUAGAUAUUUAUGGGAAUACAGCUCUUCAUUUAUCUGUUAAGAAGAAUUUAUUUGAAAUGGCAAAGGUUAUUCUUUCUGAUAGUUCUAUUAUCAAUAUGAAAAAUGGAGAUACAAAUACUGCAGCACAUCAAUCAGUAAUAAACAAAAAUUUUCCAAUGUUAAAACUACUUAUUGAGCAUGGUGCCGAUCUUAAUGAGCAUAAUAGAUUUUUUGGUUAUACAGUUCUUCAUCUUGCUGUAACUCACAAACGUGAAAAAAUCUUGGAAUAUUUGGUAACUCUGGCACCAUGCUUCAAAAAUAAUUCUCUUGAAAAGGAAUUCAAAGAUGAUGUAAAUAAUCAUGCUUCAACAGGAGUCGAUAUUAAUAGUCGAGAUAAUGAUGGAAAAACAGCACUUCAUAUUGCUGUAGAAAAUAACAGAUUCAGAUUUGCGGAAAUUCUCAUUUCUCAUGGUAUUGAUAUUGAUGCAACUGAUAAGAAUGGAAAUACAGCUCUUCAUACUGCAGUUAGUAAAGAAAACAUUCAGAUCGUUAAAUUACUUAUUUCUUAUGGUAUUGAUAUUGAUGCAACUGAUAAGAAUGGAAAUACAGCUCUCCAUGCUGCUUCAAUAUCGAAUCGUAUUGAAGUAAUGGAAAUCCUUCUUUCUCAUGGGGCAAACGUUAAUUCUAAAAAUAAAGAGGGAAAUAAUCCAUUGCAAUACGCUCUAUCAAGCAUCAAUGUAAAAGCGGCAAAACUUCUUAUAUCUUAUGGCGCAAAUUUGAAAGAGCUUUUUGAAGAUGGAUCAACAAUCUUGCUCAAAACACUACAAACAGAUAACGAAGAUUUUUUAUUAUAUCUUUUGCGACAUUAUGAUUUUAAUUCAAAUUAUAAUGAUAAAGCUUACCUUCAGUAUGCAAAACAAAACAAAAAAUACAAGGCAUCACAAAUGGCUCUAUAUAUGGAUAAACUCACAAUAACAAUAUAUUUGAUUUUAAACUUUAUUAUGAUUAUUGAGUACCUGAUAGUUCUUUUCUUAUUUAAAUCGUGA